ACCAUCUGCGUCUCCAUGCACUGUUGUGUCUCUCCAGCAGGGGCACGAGUGAGCAGUGAGCACACUUCAGUAUUCAGUCCAAACACACUUUGUCCUGUAGUCUCAGUUCUUCUGGGUCUUUGUAAGAGUGUGGAUAUGAAAAUGGGAUUGCUUUUGCUGGCUGUACUGGCUACUCUGACCGGGAUCUGUAUGGGAGCGUCUGACGGGCCCCGCGGGGUGGCUCUUCCUUUUGUCUUUGACCCUAACGCAAUCUGCGACCCACCUUGUAAACAUGCUGGCCUCUGUACCCGCAACAACACCUGCUUCUGUUCGAAAGGAUAUGAGGGAGAGAGGUGCCAAUUUGCAAACUGUUAUCCAAAGUGUAAAAAUGGUGGACAGUGUCUGAGACCUGGAAAAUGCAGAUGUUCUUCAGGAUUUGGAGGAAAAUAUUGUCAUGAAGUGAAUUGUGAUGGUGGCUGCUGGAAUGGUGGUGAGUGCACUGCUGUGAAUGGAGAGGCAAAAUGCAUCUGUCCCUCCAGCUGGACCGGCUCAAGAUGCCAAGAUGCAAUCUGUCCUCAGGGAUGCAGGAACGGAGGCAGCUGUGUUGCUCCUGGAAUCUGCAGCUGUCCAGACGGAUGGAUCGGUGGAGCCUGCCACACAGCUGUGUGUAAAAGACCCUGCAUGCAUGGGGGGAAGUGUGUGUCGCCCGACACCUGUCGCUGUCGAGCUCCGUUCUCAGGCCCGCAGUGUGAGGAGAGGCUGAAAAUCUUCUGAUGUCACACCAGUCUGACCUCCGACCUCACUGGUGACUCUUCAAGUGGUGCUAAAAUGAUGUGUUUUCUUGUUAGAAAAAAGUAUUGUGCCUGUAAGUGUGUGAUGUGUUUUCUGCAUUAACAUUGUACAUGAACUGAUGGUAUUUUUUAUUAUUGUA